AAAAAAAAUUAUCAAUCGCCCAGAAAAAAGAUUAAACUUUCUCCAAUUUCAUAAAAUACCCAGCCAAAAAAAUUAAUCUUUAGCCAAUUUCAUCAAGCACCCAGAGAAAAAAGAUUAUUUUUUCUCAAUGGGGGACGAAAGCCAAAGCCAAUCUUUACUGAACAACAAGAGCAAAUUAUAUGCACGUAGUAAAUCACAUGCAUACGAUGAAUUACGUGUAUUUCGAAGAUGGCUUAAGUGGAUGUGUGUAGAUCAAUCAGACACUACAUCUACUAUUCUAUCUUGGUUUGUUUUCAUAAUGUUUGCAAUUGUUGUUCCAUGUCUCUCUCAUUUCCUAUUGGCUUGUGCUGAUUGUGAUGCAAGACAUGAUAGACCUUAUGACAACGUUGUUCAGUUUUCUCUUAGUGCUGUUGCUGCUCUGUCUUUUAUUUGUCUUUCUGGAUUUGUCAAGAAAUUUGGACUUCGUAGGUUCUUGUUUCUUGAUAAACUUUGUGAUGAAAGUGAGACUGUCAGAAAAGGUUACAUGGCACAGCUCAAUAGAUCAGUGAAGAUCCUAUUCAUUUUUGUCAUGCCAUGUUUCGCUGCUGAAAGCAUAUACAAAAUUUGGUGGUACAGUUCAGGUGGAACUCAAAUCCCAUUUUUAGGCAAUGUCAUUGUGAGUGACACUGUCGCGUGCAUUCUAGAGCUGAGUUCCUGGCUUUACAGGACGAUGGUGUUCUUCCUAGUGUGUGUGCUUUUCCGCUUGAUCUGUUACCUUCAGAUUCUCCGACUCCAAGAUUUUGCUCAGAUCUUCCAUGUCGAUUCUGAUGUUGAGACAGUGUUGACAGAGCACCUUAGAAUCAGGAGGCACUUACGGAUCAUUAGUCAUAGGUAUCGUAGGUUUAUCCUGUUGGCAUUGGUGUUCGUUACAGCAAGUCAACUUGCUUCCCUACUCAUGACCACACGAUCAACUGCUGAUCUUCAUAUCUACAAGAGUGGUGAACUUGCGCUAUGCUCUGUGAGCCUUCUUGCUGGGCUGUUAAUAUUGUUGAGAAGUGCAGUAAGGAUUACCCAUAAGGCACAAUCUGUUACAUGCUUAGCAGCCAAGUGGCACGUGUGUGCAACAAUAGAUUGUUUUGAAUCAGUUGAGGGUGAAACUCCUCCAAUAUCUCAAAUAACCAGCAACCAAGUUUUCCCUGUGAGUUCCGAAGAAGGAUCAUCUGAGGAUGUUGGAGAUGAGGAAGAUGAGCUCGACAACACAAAAUUUGUCCACUCAUAUGCGUAUAGCACACUUUCAUUCCAGAAAAGGCAGGCACUAGUGACAUACUUUGAGAACAAUAAAGCAGGAAUUACUCUAUAUGGAUUUAUGCUGGAUAGAUCCUAUCUUCAUACCAUUUUUGGUAUGGAACUAGCACUCAUACUCUGGUUGCUUGGGAAAACUGUUGGCGCCAUUGCUUGAAUCAUUGGGUACUGAAUUGCUAUGUUUCUCAGAUUCUCCAAAAUCUUUGCCGCACCCGUGUCUGAUACUCUAAAAAUAGACAUUUUCGAAAAGUCCAAGCAACAUAGUUGAAUUGAAAAAGGUUUUGUUUUUGCUUGUGCUGUUGGUGAGAGUGUAACAUAUUCAAUCAAAAAAUGGGUGUAACAUAAGAUGGUUGUGUUGUUCCUUUGGCACAAUGAGAGAUGGAAUGUGAGGGUCAGGUUGUAUAGAGCUAUUUGAUUUAUUCAAUUUUCUGUUACUCCUUGUACUGGAUCUAUAAGUGGUGAAAUGAUGUUAUUUA